GGGGUACCACUCGGCAGUGGUUCGAAAUUAGGAAUCCAUUCAUUCACUCUUCGUCUUCCCGCUUCAGCUAUUCUUUUCAGACCAGCAAAACUUGAACAUUACAGUACCGUAACUACACUUCAAGAGAACCAUGUGACAUGGAUUACGGAACACCCCUAG